AUGGACCAAAAAGCCGGAAACAUCAACACUGCUAACAAUUCUAAAUUGCUCCUUGAUAAGAUUCAUUCAGUUUCUUUCAAACCAGCAAAGCAUUCGGAAUCAAACAAUUUGAAACCAUCAUCAUAUAUCUUGAUCUCCAACUCUCAUAAAAAGAAACACCACAAACAUCUAUCAUCAUCAGCUUCUGGAAAACCAUCGAAUAUCCAAGCCAGUACCAAAUCAAUGCUUGCUUCUCCGAAACCAAAGUCCAUGGCUGAGGCGGUGGCUGCUUAUGCUGGUAAAAAAUAUUCCUCGAAAGCCGAUAAAAAACUCAAGAAGAAGCAGGAGAAAGAAUUGAAGCUUAAAAAUAGCGCUAUUAAGCAAGAACCAGUCAGUUUAAACCAUAAUAUCGAUGAAGAUUUGGGCGAAGAAAUUGGCGAAGAAAUUGAUGAAAAGCAUGAUCAAUCAUCGUCCGACGACGAUCAGGUUUACGAAUCAGCAGUUGAUGAGGUGCAAAGUGAUGAUCAAGAAGAUGAAGAUAAAGCAAAUAUUGCUAAUGGAACAAAAUUAUCAAAGCCAAUUGGAAAGAUUGAAAAUCAUGUCGAGGAGAAGAAAGAAUUAAAAGAAAAAGAUGAGGAGGAUGAUAAGGACGACGACGACGACGACGACGAGGACUAUAAUGAUGAAGAAGAAGAAGAUGAUGAUGCUGAAGAAUCUGCGGAAGAAGAAUCAGAUGAAGAUGAGGAAUCAGAACAAGAGGAACAAUCAAAAGACGAUGAAGAACCAGAAGAAGACAUUAGUGGGGGCUCAGUUGAUAAAGGCUUGUCAUCUGCUUCAGUAAAUACUUCAUCUAUUUCCAUCGAUGAUUCUGACCAGAACACCAAGAAGAGAGUUAAUGAUAAAUUUGAACUCAAGCAAAUUGUUAAGAGCCAAAAUUUGAAGAGUCUCAACCUCGAGCUUAUGAAUUCUGACCAGCAGGAAACCAGCAGCCAAGAUAAUACUGAAAAACCUGAUAAGGUAUCAAGGAGCGCCUCUCCAACCAGAACUCCAUUACCAGAGGAAGAUAACGAAUAUUUCUACGGACAGAAUUUAGAUUUCACUAAGGAUGACUUUUAUCAACUUGAGGAAGAUCCAUUAGAUCAUGGUUCAAAUGAUUCUACAAGAAUCUUGAAGAAUUGGAAUAAAGAUUAUAUUUCCAAGAAGCCUUCUGGUCUUUUGAAUCUUGGUGUCACUUGUUAUACUAAUGCUGCCGUUCAAGCAAUGUUUCAUAUUCCGGCCAUACAACACUACCUUGAUGAUGUCAAGAAAAAGAAGUAUAAAAACUUGAUUGAUAAUAAAUCGGUGACUUCUGUUGUCGCCGACAUUUCCGAAAAAAUGUGGAAAUCGGGUUCAAACUCUAAAGGCAAGUAUAUUAAUCCAAAAAGCUUGAUCAGAAGAUUGGACGAUGUGAAUUGUAUGAUGUCCCAGUGGCAACAAGAAGAUUCACACGAAUAUUUCAUGUCAUUGCUUUCAAGAUUACAAGAAGAUUCAACUCCAAAGAAACAAAAACUCAAUACCAGUAUCAUUUAUGAUGUAUUUGGUGGUUUACUCAACCAAGCUGUGGUUUGCAAGAACUGUAACCAUGUUUCUAAGACCAAGCAAGAAUUUUAUGAUUUGUCUUUAUCUUUAGACCCUAAAAAGAAGAGAGAAAUUGUGCCAAGCUCCACUGUUAGCAGAGUCAAUAGCAAAGAACCAUCUCCUGAAUCGUCGUUGAAGAAUGAAUCAUCCUUGGUUCCACAAAAUAUUUCGAAUACUGUUGAUAAACUCAAUGAUUCUGCUGUCGACACCACCAAAGAUGAGACAUCUUCUCCAAAGAAGAGACCUAGAUAUUCUGUCAUCAACGCCAUUAAUGAUUUUUUCGAACCAGAACUAAUUAAAACCGAUAGACGUGACAAAUCUAGUGGAUAUGACUGUGAAAAUUGUAAAAAAACUACCAACGCGUUAAAGUUUUCUUCGAUUGAUAGAGCCCCAGAAACUUUAGUGAUUCAUAUCAAAAGAUUUAGGUUCAAUGAAAAUCUGAAUAGUUCAUCGAAAUUAAAAAGUCCUGUAUCGUACCCAUUAAUUUUGGACUUGACCGACUUUGAAAAUGAAGAGUUAUUGAAUUACGAGAAGUUGAACGAUAAGAAGAAGAAGAACAAGCGGGAUGAAGAGGCCCAAGAACCUUCCAAGAAGAAUGAGCCAAUUAGAUACCAAUUGAUUUCUGUGGUAGUUCAUGAAGGUAGAUCGAUUUCUUCAGGACACUAUAUUGCCCAUUGUCGUCAACCAUCCGGUCAGUGGAUGACCUAUGAUGAUGAAUAUAUCAAUUCUAUUUCGGAAAAGCAAGUGUUGAAGGAACCUAAUGCUUAUUACUUGAUAUACACCAGAUUGAAGCAUAAGGAUCAAUCUGCUAAAAACAAAACAGGCAAGCACUCUCUUGAACCAGUUGCUCAACAAUCUGGUAGUAAUAAGAGACAAAGAAGAGCUUAA